AUGGAGGAGCUGAGGUUAAUUAAACAGGGGGUUCUUCCAGAAGGGGGGCGCAUGAUUGCUGUCAAGAGGCUUGCUGAAAACGCACCAGUGCCAUCUGGCAUGACAUUUGCAACUGAGGUUACAAACCUUAUGGCACUUAAACACCAAAAUAUAGUAGAGCUGGUUCACUACUGCCAUGAAGCACAGAAGAAAGUGAUUCAGCAUAAUGGAAGAUAUGUAAUUGUUGAAAUGACCGAAAUCUGUCUAUGCUACGAAUAUCUACCUAAGGGAAGUCUGGACAAAUACCUUGAUGGUCUCCCCUUCCCAGCAUGCAUGAAGCAUGAUCCUUCCAAGGAGAAAUCGGUAUCCAAGAAGAAGUAA